UAAUGUAGCUUCUCAGAUCAUCAAGCAAACAAUCACGUAUAGAGAUUAGAUCAUAAGUUCGAAGAAGUUAAGGUAUCAUAUCAUGGCCACAGCUUCCAAAAUUGGGUUCCUCACUCUCCUCGUCGUUUGGGGCAUUCUUGUAUUAGGAUCCAACAUGGAUCAAGCAGAAGCCCAAGCAUGCCCUAGAAAUUGUGACCCAGAUGCAGACUACAUGAUUUGUCCACCUGAUACCACUCAAAUUCGUGAGAUAUGUCAAAACUGUUGCACAGCAAAAGCUCGAGGCUGUCAACUCUAUCGCAAUGAUGGAAGUCCCAUAUGUAACUAAUUAAUUU